AGCCUGCUAGCUAACUACGGAGCUACUCGGGGGUAAAAACGAUGAGAGGCUACUGAGAAGCAGAGGAUUCGCUCAGUCACAAAAAUCACUGCGUAUUUUUUAUAUGUUGUUACGGAAUGGAAUUAACAUGCCAUCUACCUCUCCAUGCCAUGUGGAGAGCGUAGAAAUGCGUCCUCAGAGCCGCCUCGGGUUUGGAUUACUGCUGCGGCUGCUGGAGAAGAAGGAGACGGUAACCUGUAAGGGGCCUGCAUCACUGAUGCUGAUGCUGAUCACUUCUGGGCGUGCUCAGUCUGUGCUUGAGCACUAAGAUGAGUGGAGCAGGGGAACAGGCUGACAUACUGUCAGUUGGGAACGUGGUCCGGGAACGAUGGAGAGUGAUAAAGAAGAUAGGUGGUGGUGGCUUUGGAGAGAUAUAUGAAGUCUUGGACCAGCUUAGCCAGUGCAAUGUGGCACUUAAAGUAGAAUCUGCCCAGCAGCCCAAACAGGUCCUGAAGAUGGAAGUAGCUGUUCUAAAGAGGCUCCAGGGUAAGGACCAUGUUUGCCGAUUUGUUGGUUGUGGACGCAAUGACCGAUUCAACUAUGUGGUGAUGGAACUUCAGGGAAGGAACUUGGCAGACCUUCGACGCACUAUGACCCACGGUACAUUUUCUGUGUCCACCACACUCAGGCUUGGCCGGCAGAUUCUGGAGGCCAUUGAGAGCAUCCAUUCAGUGGGCUUCCUUCACAGAGACAUAAAACCGUCCAAUUUUGCCAUGGGGCGCUUGGAGACAACUUGCCGAACCUGCUACAUGCUUGAUUUUGGUUUGGCACGCCAGUUCACAAACUCCUGUCAAGAAGUGCGUCCACCUCGUCCAGUGGCAGGAUUCAGGGGAACUGUGCGUUAUGCUUCGAUCAACGCUCACAAGAACAAGGAGAUGGGUCGACAUGAUGACUUGUGGUCUCUCUUUUACAUGCUUGUGGAAUUCAUGGUGGGCCAACUACCUUGGAGAAAAGUCAAGGAUAAAGAGCAAGUAGGUAAUUUGAAAGAGACCUAUGACCAUCGCCUCAUGCUUAAGCACCUUCCUGCAGAAUUUAGCGUUUUUCUUGACCACAUCUCGAACCUCGACUACUUCACUAAACCUGACUAUCAGCUCCUGAUGUCUGUAUUUGAGAACAGUAUGAAGAGUUACAAUGUUGUUGAAAAUGACCCCUAUGACUGGGAGAGACCUGACUCAGAGGAUUCCCUCACAGUUGCAGCUCUUGCAACCACAGCCCAACAGCUGACUCGUCUCACACCAGCAUACAUGGGCAUGGCCAAUGCCUCUGCAAUCCCUGGUGACAUGCAGCGUGAGAAUACAGAGGAUGUCCUUCAGGGCGAGCGGCUCAGUGAAGCGGACAAUUGCCCCCCCAUCCCACCACAGCAUGCUCAGGGAGCUGAUGUAUGGGAGGAGAUGGAGCGCAGUCGAGACCGCAACCGCAAUCAUGUUCAGCCACAGAUCAGAAAGGUGGCUAGUGAAGAGGAGAGGAGUAAAGAGGGCAAUCAGAGCCCCAACAGUGGCUCCAUUCAAGGCUCUCCAAGGCGGGUGCGCUCUGAAACUUUACUCAUUGAUCGUGUGGCUCCGCUGUUGAGGAGGAUACGUCACAGCCAGAGUAUGGGCUUGGACAAGAGACUGACUCCUGAACCCAAACCCACUAUUGAACGCUUCCUGGAGGCCUACUUAGGAAAGCAGCGACCAGGAAUAAUCCAGGACAGAACUGGCUGUCGCAUUGAUCAAGGCUCUUUGGAGGAUGAGGAGGGGGCAGCCAGCAGCGGCUAUGUAGCAGUUAACCUUAGCCCAGUGCCACAGGAAGGGGACUCCCAGGAAUGGGUCCUUGUAGAGCUGGAGGGCGGUAGUGGCUCUGCUGGCUCUAAGCCUGAUGAGGAAGGUUCUGGGGUGUCCCCUCGUUCCUCUAGCCCCCUGGCUCUGCCUCGCACCUGGUCUGACCCCCUGCCCCAGCGGGCUUGCAGCCUUAGCGGAUCUGGGGAGCUCCAUGCAGCUCUCUGUCACACUGGCCCUCCAUUUGCCCGUCUGCCAGGCUUAACUGGAUUGCAAGGCCUAACAGGGUUAUCUGGGGUGACUGGACUGAGGAGGCUACCCACUCUCCAGCCAGCAUCAGUGGUCCACCUUAGCAGAACUCAGCUAGAGCAGUUGUCCAACGCUUUUCCACACUCCGUCCAGCUUCAGCAAAAGUGUGAAAGUGAUCCUGUGCAGGACACUGCAUCAGUCCCUGCAGAAGAGGAACCAAACCAUAUGCCAACAGGUUCACCGUCCAAAACCUCCUCUCAUCCCCCUGAUCACCUCACCUCUGUCAAGGCAACUGAGAAAGACGUGGAGAGUGACUCAGGAUGUCCAGAUGGUGGUGCUUCCACCACUCCGAACCAGGGUGAGACAACAGGAGACACUGUUGAUGCAGCUCCUGCCUCUCCAGUUCCAGCUUCACCUCGGGAGCUGUCUCCUCGGGCUAGCCGCAUUCCGGUCCGCGACCCAGACUCCCCUACCAGGAGAAGUUUUCCUGCCCCCCUCUCUCCGUCCCUUUCAUUGUCUUGCGAGCAUUUCCCCUCAGCACUACUCCGUGACAAGUUCUCCUUCCCCUCUGAGCGAGGUUCUCGUGGCUCUGACUAUCAGGGAGAUGAUCCCCUCUCACUUUCCUCCUCCUCAGGCGCACUCUCCAGCAGGAGUAAGAUACCGAGGCCCAUAAGCCCCACUCUGGUGCCCGAGCAGCUCUCUUCUCGCUUCAUGCCACGACCCCCACCAGGAAAACCACCUCUCCGCCCUGGAGGGGAGAACAGGCGCAGGCGCUACCGUAUUCGAGCUAGUAGCACUAGUGAUGCAGAUCUCCUGGACAACCUGACUCAGUUGAUGCAAGAACGAGGAGGCAUGGCUGCUUCUCGCUACCAGCGUACCACUUCCUCCAUACAGCGCUCGCUAAGCUCCUCCCCUUCUCGCUUCGAGGGAUGCCACAGCCAAUCACCUGUUAGCAUUUCAGGCUCUCCGCCCCCACGGAUCAGUGAAAUACGAGCUAAUCGUGUGGUGGGAUACUGUGCCAAAGGGAGAACUGGAAGCCCAGAGAGCAAGUCCACUACAAAGGUGAACAAAUAAAAUGAACAGUGCUGAAAAGGUUUGUGUUGUGAUGGACCUCAGCUGACUUAUUUUAAAAGAAUCAUACUGUUGCAAGCAGCUUUUCACUGGGUAAGGAGGAGGGUAUUAUAAACAGGUAAUGAUGGAUCUCAUGUAUUCAUAUUAGUUAAAGAAGUAUGGAGCGAAAAAAAAAGAAAGAUUGUUUAGCAGAAAGCCUCAAGUGAUGGUUGAGAUUACUUGAAAGCAUGAUGUAUAUGCCAUUUUAAUCAUACCUCUGGCAUUCACAUGCUCCUCUACACUUCCCCCUUUCUCCUUUCCCCUUGGCAUUCCAUCGCUUGCUUUUAAUGUUUUUUAUCUUUAUGCCUUGUACAUGAAUUGCUCAUGUCUCAUGUAUGGAUUCAGAGAGUCCAUAUAUUUGGUGCCAAUGUAUUUCAAGUUUCUUUCUCUCUCUAAACAUUUCAUGCUUCACAAUUGGUUGUUUACAUUUUAUUAAGCCCAAACCAAUGCCAGAUAUGCAUUUGAAGCCCAAACCUGAUGAAAGUUUAUUUGAUUGUUUAAAAUCUAUGGAUUAAAUACAUACUGUAUUUUCUUUGAGGGAAUGCAUGCUCCAAAAUAAUGAGCACUCCAACCUCAGAUUUGGCUUUGGUUGAUUAAUAUGGAUUUUGCCUCAAUCAUCACCAUCAUCAUUAUUACUAUUUGAAUUUUUCUGUUUACCAUUAUUUUUACGCAACCAUAAUUUGUUGUUGAGUGCAAGCUGGUCUUUUAUUUAGCUCUCAUGUCAAACGGUUGCCAUUCAUGCUAUGUAAAAUUGUAUGUAUAGACAUAUACGGUCUAAGCAAGCAUGUGUACAUAUGUACUUCAGGGAAUGUAUGUAUUGUAAACUAUAUCAUCUAUAGAAUGUAUUUAUUUAUUUAUUAGAUGUGUUAACAAUGACAAUGUAGCUCAACUACUUGCUACUGAGUGACUUUGCCGUCACGUUAUUAAGGGUCAGCAACUUUGCAAUUGCCAAGUAUUAUCUAUUCAAUGCUUGCAGUCUUCUUGUAAAUACCUGCAUCAUUAUUAACAAACUUCUUCAACUGCUGAAUAGCACUGUGGACCCUUCAAACAAACUGUGCAAGUAACUCUUCUCUCAAAAUGAGAAUUGGAACAAAACACUAAGUACUAUAACAAUAUUACUUGAACAAAUCAGUGUAACAUCUAUUUACUAAUCAAAAAAUGGUUCUGUAGUGUCUUGCAUUCUUUUAUACUGAAAGCUGAUUGAAAGGUAAAUGACCCCUGCAGAGGUGCAUGUCAAAUGAUUGUAAUUAUUCUGAACAUCAGAUCAUAACUAGAAAAUUCAGAUUGACCGUAGCAUCAUGUGUUCAUACCACCAUAUCUGAGAACUCUGUGUGUACUGUGUAGUUAGACUAGUGGUUUAGUUCUGGUAAGUCUCUUUUGACCUCUGAAGGUACUUAUUUACAUACAUCAGUAGACACCCACAGUAGUGACAUGGCAUACUAUUUAAGAAAUGUACAGAAUCGAAACUGUAAAUAGAUAUAAAUACAUUAAGGGAAAAACUUCAUGCUUCAUGUAAUGUAUUUUGCUAACAAACAUGGUUGAGUUCUUAAAAAAAGUGUUACUAUGUGGGAAUGUAUGUGUAUUCAUAUAAACAUAAUAAAUUCUGAAGUGCAAGACAUUA